AUGUCCCAAAGCUUCAACCCUUUUUCCAUCCGUAGAGACAUUCAACACCAUGGCGGCAUGGCCAUCCUGAGCUCCAGAAGGUUGAAGCAUGACCUGGCCCUGGGAACAGUCGCUGUGGCUGCCACCGUGGCCACGGCCUUGCUUUGGCUACACCGCCGCACAGGGAAGCGGCUAGCAAGUGAAGCACCACAGGCAGAAGCUGCUGCGAAGGUCUUCGCCCUUGAGGUCAGUGAUCACCGUGACGAAACCCCGAGCGCUGCGGUUGAUUUCGAUGCUCAGCUGCGGGAGGAGAGUCGACUGCUGGAGGAGGCCGCCCGGACGGUGCGGCUGGUGCUGGAGACCGGGGCCUACCAUGCCUUGCCCCAUGUGCACGUUGCAGAGAAGCAGCUGAAUGCCAUCGCCCUGAAAUUGGACGAGGUAUCAGAUUUACUGAGCCCUCACAACAUGUAUUGGCGCUUUGGACGCGAUGAACCCAUGCAGCUGCUAUUGGAGACUCCCUUGUUGCAGCUGGCAGCCUGUGAUGGGGCUUUGGUGCCCGUGACCUUGGGUCAUGUGAAGGAUCCCGGAGAGUUUCUCAUUGCCCGAUUCCUUGUCUCCGGUACGGACGCCAGCAAGAGCCGCUAUCGCGAGUUUUCCAGCGGCAUUUUGGAUGCCCUGCAGCGAGAACGGUUGAUGAUGCGCUUGGAGUGGAUUUUCCACUCCAUGUGGGAGUUGCCUCUGACCUGGGGCGAUGGCAUUGACGACACCACCUUUGCUGCGCAUGGCUCUGCAUGGGGUGUGUCGGUGAAGAUGAGGCUCGUGUGUUGGCCCGUUUGGUUCCAGCAAGCUUGGGCCACAAUGGACAACAUGAGCCCUCCAAGCACUGCAGUGGAACAUGAGGUGGAGAAUGUGGACAUCUACUUGGAAGAUGAGGUGACCACUUGGCAUUUGGCACUGCAUUUUCCAGCGGCUGCUCCCUUUCGAGGAGGUCCUGGAUGUUCUUUGGAGGCCUGCGACUUUUCGCUUUACGCCACGCUGCACUUCGGAAUAGAUUUUCCCGCCAGACCUCCGAAGUUCAAGUUUGAGUCCAAAUGGAUCAACCACCAGCAUUUGUGGGGUGACCGCAUUUGCCACUCCCUCCUCUCGGAUGAUUUCUUGGAUUUCUUUCGGGAACGGAAGACCCACUCCACCAGUCUCUGGAAUGCCUCCUGUGCAUUGGCAGAUGGAGAGGGUGUCGGUGGAAUGCCACGCUAUUUGCAAAUCCUGCGGGAGUUUCUGGCGAGCGACACUGACUAUGAAGAAGAGCAACAUGUGAAAUAUGAUGAGCAAUCCCUCCGACAGGACGUGGCUCUUCAGCGAGUCUACAAGCCUGAAUGGUGGGAGGACAGCAACCUGGUGGAGCCCAAAGCUCGAAAGAACGGUGGCUACAGGCAGGCAGAGGUGCGCACUAAGCCAGCCUCGCAGGAGGCUUGGGGCACGGACUUCUUUUUGAAGACUCCAGUGCUGCCGGGUGAGCUGGAUCGUCAUCCAUGUUUUGAGGUAGCGGUGGUGUUGGGUCGUUUGCCCUCAUUGACCACGUCGAUGGCUUGUUUAUGUCGAGAGAGUUUUGAGCAAGGUGCACGCAGCACUGACUUUGGUCUGUCGGUGAAUGCUGGGCUCCAAGAGGAUGCCGUGAGUUGGGAAAGCAACUGUCAGCUGCACAUUCCCGCGCUCCACUGGUCUUUGGCAAUGGCGGUUGAAGGUUCCCAGACCAAGAAGCUGAAGGUUGCGACUAUGGCUGGUGCCACUGCCCCCGCCAUGGUAGACCAUGCGCUGGUGGAAGCGGAUGAUGAAGAUGUGCCCUACAGUUUGAUCGACAAGCUUCAGGAGAGUGGCAUCAACGCUGCAGACCUGAAGAAGCUGAAGGACGCUGGUUUCAACACCAGCCAGUCCGUGGCUUUUGCAAUGCGCAAAGAUCUGCUGAGCAUCAAGGGACUGUCCGACCAGAAGGUGGACAAGAUCAUCGAAGCCGCCCGAAAGUCCAGCGAGGUAGGUUUUGUGACCUGCACUCAGCUGGUCAGUAAGAUGAAGAGCCGCUUUCAGAUUGCUACAGGGGCUGGCAAAUUUGAUCAGAUGCUUGGCGGAGGCGUUGAGAGCUGUUCUAUCACCGAGAUCUUCGGAGAGUUCCGCUGUGGAAAGACGCAGCUGUGCCAUUCCCUCGCGGUGAUGGCGCAGAUGCCAUCGAAUAUGGGCGGCGCCAAUGGUAAGGUGAUUUACAUCGACACGGAGGGCACCUUUCGCCCGGAUCGCGUGCGGCAGAUCGCCGAGGCCAAGGGUGUGGCGGCCGAGGCGGCGAUGGACAACAUCGUUUGUGCGCGGUGCUAUACCUCGGAGCACUUGGAACAGCUUUUGGUCGAGGCAGCAGGUUUGAUGGUCAACGACGAGGAUCGUUUCGCGCUGCUCAUCGUGGAUUCCAUCAUGGGUGGCUUCCGCGUGGACUACUCCGGCCGUGGUGAGCUGGCAGAUCGACAACAAAAGUUGGCAAGAGUGAUGAACAAACUGCAGAAGGUCAGUGAGGAGUUCAACGUGGCCGUCGUCCUGUCAAAUCAAGUCAUGGCGGAUCCCGGUGCUGGCUGCGCCUUUAUGCCGAGUUUUCCGAAGCCGGUGGGUGGCCACAUCUUGGCCCAUUUCUCGACCACACGAGUGAUGCUUCGCAAAGGUCGGGGUGAACAACGCAUCGCCAAGAUCUACGAUUCGCCGUGCCUGCCAGAGAGUGAAAGCAUCUUUGAGAUCUUCGCUGGUGGGGUGAGGCUGCCAGAUGGGGAAAGACAUGGGCCCAGCUUCAAUGAUAUCCUUUCGUUGGCCAGUGGCCAGGGCUGCCUCCUAUGGCUUGCCUGCAGGAAAGUCAAGAUGCUGUUUCCUGCAGACUGCGGCGAAUUCAGUGCAGUGCUUUAUGGACAGUCAGCGUGCGGCCUAAGGGUGGGCAGCCUUCAUAAGCUAUUGAUCCCAGGGCUGACAAGGGCGCCCAUGCUGACCAUGUUCAACCCACACGACAGUGAACAAAAAGUUGAGCUCCGGAUUCCCCACGGAAGCAAAGAGAUCACUCUGAACCUUCGGACGGUAUCCCUGUGCAUGGCGCUGCCCAUUUCCUUUGCCAUGACACCACUUGCGCGACCCGAGUUUAAGCUGACCAAGGACCUUUUGUCAGGGCAGGAAACACCACUUGCGCGACCCGAGUUUAAGCUGACCAAGGACCUUCUUUCAGGGCGGGAACCAGCGCAGUUCCAACUGAACGAAGCACAGAUCGCACAGUGCCAUGCGCCAUUGAUGCCUGGGAUGGAAAUGUAUUUGACUCCCCUGGAGGCUUCGGCCCUGGGUGGCGAAUGGGGUUCUUGGCAGCUGACGGAUGCCGCAGAUGCGCCUUCUACGGCCGCCUGGCGGCUGAAUUUUAUGUCCACCGAGUGGCGCACCAUGCACAUCACCUCCGAGGGGAACCUGUCGGCCAUCGCAAAGCCAGUAGAGAUCGAUGAGCUGAAGGAGCAGCACAACUUCGUGCCCGAGGACACAGCCUUCGGGAUGGAGCAUUGGACCUUUGUGGAAGAUCUCUUGGCCCCAGGUGUGGCCAUGAAAUACGAUGGCAUGAACUACUCCAUGGGCAAAGCGCCUGGCAGUUUUCCGGUGACCUAUACGGCAUCUCCGCAGCUGAAGGACGGGGCCAUUCCGGCACCCAGCUGGCAGUACUGGGCCAUCAUGGAUUGCAAGAAGAAACUGGUAGCAGUGGUGGCCUUGGAGGAAACGGAUGGAAUGCGGCCAGGGCGCUGCAAGAUCUAUAACAACAAGGGCCAGAAAGCCACCGAGGCCAUUCCCGAUGCCCUGAUCCCGCGUCUGCAGUUCGUGGACAUCAACCAGCAUUUGUUGGCCACGGCCGAAGCACCGGCCUUGGGAUCCGACAUUCCCAUGCCGCAGCUGCCAAGGAGAGGCACUUUGGGCAACAUGCUGCCGUAUACCAUUCGCUUCGAGAGGGGCGGCUACUACUUGUCCAGCGACCUUCUGAAGAAGGACUUCAGAUGGAUUCUGAGUGCAGCAGUUCAACUGCGAAGCCUUCAAGACGCGACGCAGGGUUUUACCCCCCUCUUUGUCAAGGACUGGUUGCAUGCUCAGGCCGGAUUUGUUUUGAGUUUUGUGAGCGCAUGGUGCACUUGCGGCUCCACCUUGGCAUCCAAAGGGCUUCAACAGCUGGCGGAUGCGGCAGGUUUCUACCAGUUGAAGUUGCCUAGCUGCGAAGGUGCAGAUGCAGCUGGUUUGGAAGCCAUUUUGAAUAUCCUGGGGGAGAUUUGGAAGACAACCUGCAUCAGUAUCGUCAAGAACAACGAGUACGAGUCUGAACGGGUCAUGAUGUGCUUCGUGACUUUGCACUUCCUGCUAUUGUGCUUGGCCGAAGAACAUGAAGCACUGCGCUCUCAAGCGAGGAAAAGCGUGGAGGAAUUUCUGGAGAUGGUCCAGCAGAAGCCAGUGGUGAACCUCAAAUCCUUCGUGCCUGACCUGGGUCGCUUCCUAGUGAGGUUUCUACUUGCGGAUAGCCCUUUGACUUUGAAGGAGAACUUAUCCAUCAUCGUCUCAGAGCUCUUCUGUCGAAAUGUCCGUUGGGUGCAUCCGGACAUGUGGCCGGAGUCUGAUUCAUCGCCGGAGUUGCAGGAGGAGCAGGUGCAAGCGAGCUUCGAUGCAAGUCAGUUUGGCAUGAAGUUGCUGGUCUUCCAGAGCUACUACAUCCUUCGGUCUCGUGAGCUGGGCUUGGAUUCAAUCGCAGCCCUUGAAGCUUGUCAAGGGAAGCCUGACUCGGAUGCCCUGCAAGCCUUCCAAAGAGAUUGUCGAGAGAUCAAG